GGAAGACAUAUGUGCGUUUCAGUGCAAGAGAACGCGUAUCUCGGGUCAUACGUCUUUGGGUCAUUGAUAUUUGAGCCCCUCUGGUCUUGAUUCUGCACAAAAACACACCGCACACAGACUCGGUGACCCGCCGCUUCCCUUCGGGAUGGACAUCACUCGAGCCGGAGUAGAGCCGAUUGUGACCAAGUUCUAUCGGCAGUACAUGCAGCAGAUCAAUGAUUUGACUUACCCCCCAGGCGCGCUCCUGGUGAAUCCGGACGUGCAAGACUGCUUGUAUCGGUAUUUCUUCGACUCUAGCCAGAACAAAUACUUGCCUCCCCCACGGUAUCAGGGCAGGAUUUUGCGACGUCUGAUUGAAGAGAUUGAAGACUCUUGCAAGGACCCCGAAGAAGAUCAAGUCUCAGAUCAUCUAAUGGAGCAUAUGGGUUACCUCUCCAGCCUCCCCCAACAGGACCAGACAGAAGAAGCACAGCAACUACGUGUUCACUCGUACUAUCCUCCACUUCCCCUUGACGAGCCUGGAGUCCGGCCAGUCCUCAUCAACGAAGCCAGGAAUCUCCUCUCCAGAGGCAACAAUGUUGGUCUUCGUACGUGGGAGGCUGCAUUGCAUCUAGCGUGGUAUCUCUUUACCCAGCAACCAGAACGUGUAGGCAACAAGCAUGUCCUCGAACUGGGUGCUGGAACUGGACUUCUUUCUUUGCUAUGCGCUGCUCACCUCAAGGCCUCAUCUGUGCUGGCAACCGAUGGUUUAGGACUUGUUUGCGAGAGUUUGGUGAAAAAUAUUCUGUUGAAUCAGGAAAACGGCGUUCUUGAUGGGUGUCAAUCGCCGGAAGUUCGCCAACUAGACUGGACGGAUCGGGCGGGAAUUGAUGAAUUGCUGCAUAAAGCAGAGAAGUCAGGCAAGCGCUACGACCUUGUCAUUGGCGCCGACAUUACUUACCACCCCGACAUCCUGCGACCACUAGCCGAACUCCUCGGCGUCCUGAAGGACCACUUCCCAGACGUGGCCAUCCUCAUUUCUGCUGCUAUUCGAAGCGACACAUUCUCACAGUUCACAGCUAUAUGUCGAGAUGAUCUCAAGUUUAAAGUUUGCGAAGUAUCGUGUAAGAUUCCUGACGGUUUGCGGUACUGUGGAUUCUUCCACUCGGUGGCCACGGAGAUCAAAAUCGUCUCUUUGGAAAGAUGACAUCGCCAAUGUUCAACACAAACUCGAAGGAUGUCUCAGAAUGUUUCGACAAAUAGACGCGGUGGGCAGAAGACGCAGACUUCUGGUGUCCGAGCCGAAUAUGCAGCAGGCAGAGUGGGAGGUUUAAGAUUGAGCACUUGCUUCGUUGCGUGUCCUUGUGGCGGAAGAGAGAGCCUGACUUCUUGUUCCUCUUCGUUUUCAAAGAGCACCGAUAGGUUCGAACCUUUGUACCCGCAGACGUUCUGCGACUUGACUUUGUUGUGGAGGUCGGGGAAACAGACAAGCGGCGGACGAGAUCAUUACUUCGCAAGGAUGCAAGAGCAAAGAUAAUCCAAUGGUCCGAUAAAGUCAGACAUUCAUCAGAUACCCUUCAACGUCAGCAGAGAAGGUAUGGUAUAUGGUAUGGUUGGCAUGUGACCUAGGAAGAAACCAAAACAUCACCAGAGCAACAAUCAAUGAUCCAAUACCAAUCCGAAUUCCCAGUCUCCUGUGGCUUGCACUCCUGCAUAAACGACAAUCACAGAACCCACAGAUAUUCAAACUAGGGCUGUAGCGUUUAGGAAGUUCUCAGAUAGAUCGAAGGACCGUCGUUCAUUCGCGUACCAG